UUCUCUUUAGUUAGUGUUUGUGUUAGUUUCGAGUCUUUACUUUUUUCUCUUUCGCUCUCUGCCUGCCAAUCUGCAGUCAAAAACUGUAAAAAGAGUAGAAACACACCUAUUGAAAAUUUAUUUUAAACAUUAAAUAACUAUUAUUAUUAGUAACUUUGUUUAGAUUGAGAUAAUUUUGCUUACUUUUCCCCUUUUAUUUUAAUGACGCAAUGAAAUUUGAGCAACAAAUGGUCAACAUUUUGUUUAUAGAAAGUGUGAUGUUGCUGGAAUUGUCGCUGCAAACGAGAAGUUAAUCGUAAUGAAAUCAACGUUGCUGUUAACGUUACCUCAUGAAAAUAAACAUUUCUGCCGCUCGAAGCUCGAACACACCUACAUUUAUUCGGCUGUGAAUAUUAGACAAAAUAUUGAAAAGCUAUGAAGCGGCAUCUCCAACUGAGCAUAAAACAACUCUCGACUUGCUACGCGGAAGGAAGCAUUUCGCCAGGUUUGGUCGUCGACCACUCGUUGGAUGAUGCUGUGAAAUUGAAGCAUUUGAAUGCUUUCAUACGAUUGUCACCCGAAAAAUCCUUACAUCAAGCAAAAGAGUCCAACUAUCGUUAUGAGAACAGAAAACCGCUCGGAAUACUUGACGGUGUUCCUAUUGCGAUAAAGGAUAACUUUUGUACAAAAGACCUAAACACGACAUGUGCAUCUAAAAUGCUGGCAAAUUUUGUACCUCCAUUUAAUGGAACUGUAUGCGAACGGCUGUUAACCGCAGGAGCGGUGUUAAUAGGUAAAACGAAUAUGGAUCAAUUCGCUAUGGGCUCUGGAACGGUGGAUUCUAUUUUCGGACCAACAAAAAAUGUAUGGAGCCGAGAUUUGAGCGAUGGAAAGUGGCAUAUAACCGGUGGAAGCUCAGGUGGAUCUGCGACGGCUGUAGCUGCAGGAAUUUGCUAUGCCGCUAUCGGAUCAGAUACUGGUGGUUCUACACGUAACCCUGCAUCAUAUUGUGGUGUUGUUGGCUUAAAGCCCACGUAUGGACUCGUAUCACGUCAUGGUCUUAUCCCUCUGGUUAAUUCCAUGGACGUACCAGGCAUUUUUACACGUAGUGUUAGCGAUUGCGUGGACGUACUUAACGCAAUCGCUGGCCCAGAUGCCAAAGACUCCACCACAUUGAGGAAACCUUUUCGAAAAAUAAACAUACCACACUUUGGAGAUAUUGAUCUUCGUAAUGUACGGAUUGGUAUACCAAAAGAAUAUCAUUGCGAGGGGCUCUCCGAGGAGGUUUUAGAAACAUGGAUGAAAGUGGCCGACUUAUUGGAAGAUGGUGGGGCACAUGUGCAGCAAGUUUCACUGCCAAAUACGGCGGCCAGCAUCUUCGUUUACUCCAUAUUGAAUCAGUGUGAAGUGGCGAGCAAUAUGGCACGUUACGAUGGCAUUGAAUAUGGACAUCGCGCUGACAAUGAAAGCAGCACGGAAGAAUUAUAUGCAAAAACACGUGCUGAAGGUUUCAAUGCGGUAGUGAAGACUCGCAUACUAACUGGAAACUAUUUUCUACUGCGUAAAAACUAUCAGAAAUAUUUUGAAAAAGCACUGCGAGUUCGAAGACUAAUAUCUGAUGACUUUAAACGUGUAUUUGAAACGUCGAAAGGCGGCGAAAAUGUAGUGGAUGUGUUGCUCACCCCCACCACACUAACUGAUGCUCCAUUGUACAGCGAUUUUGUGUCGCUAAGUAAUCGUGAUCAGUGCGCAGUGCAAGACUUCUGCACACAACCUGCUAAUAUGGCAGGCGUACCAGCAAUUUCCAUACCAAUACGCCUUUCACAACGUGGACUACCAAUCGGCUUGCAAUUGAUGAGUCGGUCACUAAAUGAGGAAAUGUUGCUACGCGUGGCUAGUUGGAUAGAAUCGCAGGUGGAAUUCGAUGCCUUAGCUAAUGAACAAAUUUAUGCAGCACGCAGUUAAAAAUAAUUACAAAGUUACUCAGCGCCGUUAUUGGAGUUAUAGUGUAAAUUUUAUUGUUUUUAUUAAUGUUAAUGAAGCAGACUUGAUUGAAGCAUAAAGUACACUGCUAAAUAAGAAAUAAUGUAAAAUGUAAAUUCAAACUUAAUUUUUAUUUUCUAACGUUGGUUAUCAAAAACGUGUGUAUGCAUUAAUGUAAAUUUUGUGACAAUUUAAUCAAAUACUUUACUAAAGCAAAGUUAUUGUUAGACGUCUGGUAAUAAAUCAUUUAAGUAUUCUCAAUUCGUUUUGGAAAAAUU